GUCCUCGUCUCGGGUGUGGCGAUUACGGACAUGGAGGAUGUCAGCAGAAUCCCCGUUCCGGGCCAGACAAUGGAAGUGGAUGCGGACCUCAGUGACGGGGAAGUCCAGAUCACGCUGCCGCCGAAGAAGGAGGCUAGAAGCCAUCACGUUGGCUCCCCCACCAAGAGAGGGGCAGCGGACCCUAAAGGUGUCUCAGUGGAGGUCCUGAAAAUGCUCUUCAAAGAGCAGACUCAAGAGCUGAAGGGGAACUUGGCCUCUGAAGGCAAAAUGACGGAGGCCGUAACGAAGGUGCAGACCGAAUUGGAGCUGAAGAUGGCGAAGAGCUCGGAGGACAUUGCUGUGGUCAAGGAGCAGCAGGACAAGCUCUUGACAAGGGUGCUGGCGCUUGAGGGCAGGCCUGGGGUCCCGAGUGGGGCACUACAACCUGUCGCUUCCAGGCCGCCCGCCAUCCUGGUGGGUGGGUGGAAAACUGACACCAAAAGGAGCAUCAUUGUGUCGGAUAUGGCGGAUGCACUCCAGAAAGCUGGAGCGAAGGACCUGGUCGAUCAAGCUCCUUGGGUGCCUAAGGCGAGGCACUCCAUCUGCCUUAGCGAAAUGCGGCUGAGACAGGGUGAGAGCGAAGCUGACAGAGAGCAGAGAAUGUACGCGGUCAUCGCCAAGCUCAAUGAUCCUUGCAUGGUGGUGCAGAAGCUUGCUUCGGGUAACACGCUGUGGGCCACUGUCAGUCGACCGAGGACAGAGCGAGGCGGGGGACCUCACGCCAGCAAGAUCCGGCGGCUGCUGCAUGUGGUCCAGGCAGAUUUUGAUGAAGUGGACUCUGUGUAUGAUUUGGGGAGCAUCUGGCGCAAGGAUGUACUGGUGGGCAGUGUGGACAAGCCUGCUAACGGGAGUCAUGUCAAGAAAGGGAAGAUGGAGGGCAGCUGGAUUGACCUGGUUGCCUUGGCAAAGACGACGGGUAGGAAGAUCGAUGAACUGGAGGCUCUGUGGCAGCAAAUAGUUAACUGA